AUGCUGGAACGUCUAGCCGGGAAGAUACUGCAACGGUUUCUUGCCAAGUACUUCGACGUCGAAAAUAAUGAAACCCUUACUAUGGGAGUCUGGUCUGGUUUGGUCAGUCUUCAGGAUCUUCACGUCAAUAUCGACCAGAUAAAUCCUUUGCUAGCGCAGAAAGGUAUUCCCGUUAGAAUACAGCAGCUUCACAUUUCACGUCUAGAAAUUACAAUUCCAUGGAGUCAGCUCAGUUUUAGUAGCGGUACGAUGCGAAGCUCGGGCCAACGAAACGAAGCCGCCGAGGUUGUAGUAUUAAUAGACGGAGUCCAUUGUUUGGCUAAAUCCUUUUUUGAUUUUGACGACAUGGCAAUCGCUGCAGACCGAAUUGCUCAGCGCCAAAAAAUACUCAAGGCGGGCUUACAAAGAGACACGGACAAGAGCACCUUUGCCGAAACAUUGAAACGGCGCUUGCGAGAGGGGCUUCUUCAACAGCUCGCGGAAAGUCUCCAGGUCCAUAUUCGAAAUGUGCAUAUUCGCUACGAAGAUUCCAAUCAUGCAUUUUCUUGUGGCAUGGUUUGCGAAAGUUUGCAUUUGCAGCAAGAUGUUACGCCAUCAAGCGAGGAGGCAAUUCGGAAAGUUGUUCAGGUGAAUCACGUCGGAAUCUACUGGAAUCCUGUUGAAAAGCCUAGGAAUGGAUUGCCAGUUGAGCAGACGUUUCUAGGCCACCUGCCAACUGAUCAAAUAUGCCGAGCUUUGGAUCGCUCCGUUGCCCGACGAAUGCCAACGCUCCAGGCGAGCAACCCUCUGAACGCUCCGAAACACACGUACCUGAUAGUUCCCAUUGACGCGUCUGUACAUUUAUCAUUUUCCACUGACCCCAGAGAUUUUGAAACGCGCCCCGCACUGGAAGUGAUCAUUGAAGUUCCGGAACUAACGUUGGGCUUACGCGACUUUCAAAUCUAUCAAAUAAUCCGUCUUAUCCACGACCUCAAAGAGCACAAUUACCGGAAGAAGCACUAUCGGCGUUUCCGUCCGUCAAGCCCAGUCACAGAAGAUCCAAAAGCCUGGUGGCAGUACGCGGUUGCGGUCGUUCGGUAUGAAAUACGAGAAAAUAGACUGCGUUGGUCUUGGGGACGUUUCCGUCGAAGGUUUGAACAGCGGAAGAGAUACUGCUACCUCUAUGAACGGAUGUUGCGAGUCGAAAUAGCAAUGCCAUACACUCCUAUAGAGCGUAGCUCACUUGCUACUGAACUUUCUCUAGCACCUCUCAGUGCCACGGAGUCUCAGGAACUAGAGGACCUCGACAACGGGGUUCUUGGUGAUUUGGAUGUGCACGAUAUUUUGCUUUUCCGUCUGCUUGUCAGCAAGCGGAUGGGAUUGAAGAACAGCGGACAAGCUACAAAUGGAAGAACAAAUUGGUUUAGACGGACAAUGUCUACUUUAGUCAGUGGAGAUGACGAAGCGGAGGAGGAAUACGAACGAUUGCUUUCGUAUUGGCAACAAAGGAGCACUUCGGAAAAAAAUUGGUCAGAUGCUUCCAGUGGCAAAUUUUGUGUCGCUCUAUCUUCUGAGAUAAGAAUUGAAAACGGCCGAACGCUGUUGUAUUCACCAGUGAGUUCAACAAUUGACCUUGAACCAUUGCGUAGAAUACAGGAAUGUUUUCUUGAAAUUUCUUUUACAGUGUUGGACGGCCGACUUUCUCUACUGCAGGACUUCGAGACUAUCAUAUCUAAUAUGUCGCUCCUUGACUUUAUCGUCUCAGAAGUGAGCUCGACGCGGCGCGAAAAUAUUUUGGUAAAACGAAUACACAAACCAGGAAUUGGCUUGUUUGAUUCAAAACGUCUCGACGGCUCUGUUGGACCAGUAUUUUCCUUGGUAGUCAGGAAGAACGCCGAAGACUCUGAUGAAUCUCAUAUCGAAGUUCAAGCAAGGAUAGAGUGUACCGAGGCUCACUUUUCGCCCGAGGAUAUUUGGUUACCUUGCUUCAAGCGCCUGAUGCAGCCUGUCCCUCAGCUUCAGCAAAUGGCAACGUUCUGGUCCGAGCUAAGCAUGGCUAACAUCAAUUCUUGGGCCUCAGAUCGGCUAAGCCUCGUGGCAAAAGCACGGACAGCAGUGAAUCAGCAUCGAAACAUUGAUAUAAAUCUUGAAAUUGAAUGUCCGAUCAUCCGGGUUUCCGAUGGAAAAGGCUGUGAACUUGUGUUUGAUUUAGGACAAGCAUACGUAAGAACUGAGAGGCUCGCCUCUUUUGGAUCCAGUAACUUGUCCACUUUUGCUGAGAUGGAUGACCGAAUGCUUUCGAAGGAUCGCCGAUUUUCCUAUCAGCAGAGAAAUCCGCUCAUUUCACGCGAUGUCGCUUCCUUCAAAACUCCUCCACGGCUUUCUACAGCAGCCAUAGAGCUUCCGACAUCGCCAACGAGGACAGACUACGUACGUUUAGGAUUCACGGAAAAUAUGGAUCGCGCAGACGACAAUCUGAACCUUAUCAACCCGACAAGGUUGCCAUUUUCAACGAAAGUCACUUCAAUCGCUAGCGCCGACAGCGAUCGGUCCUACCGGCACCAAUAUCGGGGUCAAAUGGAAGCAAUAUUUUACGAUGUUUUCGAAAUGCGUCUCGUCACUGGGACUGUUGUCUUAGGUGGGACUUCGCGAGAUGUGCACAGGAUAUGUCAUCCGGUCGACAUGCGUGCGGCAAUCCACAAAUCAAUCAUUCCCGCCGACCAUACAUUAUGCCGCCUAAAGCUAUUCUGCGAUAUGGAGGAUAUUUCUGUAGAUCUUUCAGAGCCGAUUGUGUUUGCUCUAGGACGCUUUUUCAAUGUCUGGAAAUUGGUUUUGUCCACUAAGGUAUCAAAAACUCUAUUGCUGACAUCGAACUUGGGAGUAGAGUCCAUUCUACCCAACCUUCUGUCAGAAGUAGAUGUUUCUGAUGAUGACUUUGAUGAAAAUGGUUUCUUCGAUGCAUUGGAGAGCGAGUCAUUUAAUUCCCCCGAUGCAGAUGCUCUCUUCAAAGAGCAUUGGGUGUCAGAAACUACGAACUUACUGGAUGAAGGUGUCAAGUCUGUUACAAAAAGUGUUCGAAGCCGACGUCGACGCCCGAGAUCUGUUUCUGACGUAUCUUCACUAUCCGAAAGUUCGUUGGCGAGGCGUCGCCUCACGAACCAAGGAAACGGGAACAUUUACUUAAGUGCUGAGAACCUUGCUAUGUUAGAAGAGGCUGAUGAGUCAGGUGGUCUCGAUGAAGAAGAGGAUGAUUACUCCUUUCAUUCUGCCUAUUCAUUGAGCCACUUGUUGACACUUUCCGAAAACGUACAAACAGAUAUAAUCCAGGCAGUUUCCAAUGUCCAUCGUUUGAAAGACAAAAUAUAUGGCACGGGUGUCUCAUCUAGCGUUGGCAGUUUUGUGUCAGUUGAUGAAGUGAAACGGAGCUUGACGAUGCGCAAGGCGCUCCGUCUCGAACUUGGGAGAGCUACAGCAGAGUUGCAAGCUCUGCGUGAUGCACAUAAAGAUCUUUUGUACCAAAUUAAAAUCUCAUCCAGCGACGAGAACGAAGGAACGCCACUGAAGAGCAAUCGUUCCGGGCGCGUGUCAAGAUCGAUUGAGGUAGCAUCAGCCUUACUACAAACUCGGAAGCAGCCUACUUUCGCCGAUACUGAUGCAAACCUUGAACACACUCUUGUUCGUGGACUAAAUCGUGAUCUUCUUCAGAUCUGGUUGACGUUGCGUUGUGUUUCAAUUCGGUUCGUUGUUAAUUCAGGUACUGACGGUUCGCUUGAAUCGUCCAAUACCUUUGCUGUCAAGAUCGCCAACAGUAACCUCGUUCGGAGGCAAAGCGCUAUUGCUUCGAGGUAUUCUUUUAGCCUCGACAAUGUAAGUGCAAUUCAUGAAAACGAUGUGGACCCAGCUCUGGACCGGUGCUUCAUCGUUGGCGGAUCCAGCAGUGAGACUUCUUCGAAGCUUCUUCCGUCGCUAUUCCCUCAGUUCAUCUCUUCACUAUCGAUGGAAAACAAAUUUUUAAGCGGGGCGGUCUGUCUGCAAAGAAAGAGACAGGCGAUGUCUGGAAAGUCGUCAAAGAUGGACAAGAUUCGGAUAGCUUUCGGCGAUAUUGAGCUGAAAGGUCACACCAACUCCUUGCGUUUGAUCCAGCAACAGAUGUCAUCGUUAUCUUCAGUUUUUCGAGUUACAAGUACUGAAGUAUACCGUAAAAUGCCCAAGACUCAAGAACGAAUGCUUGAUGGAUAUUUUGAUGUAGGCCUUCGGAUUUCUUCGCUGAGGCUCGUCUUUGAGGACGAGGAAGGGCAUUUUGCUGCUGCCACUGCAUUGACCGAAGUGGAUAUAAACUUUAGCGGUGCUAGCUUCGGGCGGCAGUUUCAAGAUCGGAGUCAGCUAGACAUACGCCUUGGCAACUUUCAGGUUUUAAGCAUAGAGGAUCUAGAUAGUGGAGUCGGGAAUGAAUUGGUUGCGAAACAAGAUCUCUACAAUCCUUUACUGAGAUUGCGGCUUCGACAGCAAAUCGUUCCUAGAGGAGAACAGGGUGGUUGGGUGGUAGGUCAGUCAUCCACCAUGGCCCUUCAUUCUAGCCUCGACGAAAUCAACAUUCACCUUGGUUUACGAAUGGAUUCCAUGGAGUCCCAUCUGUCCUUCUCCACCCUUUUUCGACUGUCGAAAUCAAUCUCCUUCGCGACAAAGGCGUUUGGAAAGUGUCCCACCGUGGGACGUCCCUCGCUUCACACAGUGGACUCCGGUGAUUCUAGUUUGCUCUCUUCGGUACCGGUGCGUUGGCGCGUUGAUGUCUCGAUGAAGAAAUUUUUGAUGACUCUCGAAAGCUCGGGGGCUUUUCUUGAAACUGGCAGAGAAAACCAGAUGGUAUUGAUGGCUACAGCGAAGUUAAACUGUUCGCUUCAACCUAGUACCACAAAAUGUCGUGAAGGGAAGUUUGGAGUUGAAGUUAAAUUCACUAUCGCAGACUUCUCCAUUUCUGUCGUAACUGAGGAACUUCCCGUCCUUGAACCCAUAUCGAUACACAUAGACCUGGUUGCUUUCCCCAAAGCUAUGCAGUUCGCUCCCUUCACGCUACCGAAAGAUUCUCCUUGGAGCGACCAGACUACCCUUAGUACACCCACUGGGCGAAUUACGUGGAAGGUCGACUACUUUCAAGACAAACUGCCUAUUUCUAUCGCAGUCGCGCUGUCGUCCACCCGGAUAAACAUCUCGCCUUCGAGACUUGGACUCCUACAUUCGGCAUUGGAAGAUUUAGCUAGAUGUUCAGCAACUAUUCGACGGUCACAGCAAUUGGUGUCUAGGCCUGGAUCGGAAGAUCAAAUCGGACGCCUUUACCUUGAUCUGACUUGCGAAACUUUGAUCAUAUCCUUGUAUCCAGAGACUCGAUUACUUAGCUCUCAUGCCGAUUCCAGAAUUCUCGCUCUUUCGCUAGACUACCUUUGUGCUAGUUGGCAGAAGAGAGGCAAGGCCAAACGCUUUGCGUGUGGUUUAAAGACACUUUGCAUUGACGAUAUGUCCUCUCCACCUGGUAUGAGAGCUCUGUACGGAAGUCGAGCCGAAAGACAGCUUAAAUCUCGAAUUGAAAGUACGAUUAAUCACUUUCCCAGCUUCUUUAUGAUGAGAAUCGAGAACUCUGAAGCAGAUGGCAAAAAGUACUUUGAGAUCGAUUUUAGUAUUGGAACAGUUCAUUUGCUUUUUCUUCCGAGCCUCGUCCAAUCGAUCAAAUCAUUUGUGAUUUCGAUUCCUUCGCUGAGCGAGAGGAAACUACGAUCGCCUGAAUCUAGUUCCUCAAGACAUGGAUUGAGAUCGCUUUCAACAGCAGUGGGAAUCUAUUCGGUGACGGUUGUAUCGGAUAUUUUUGAAUGCUUUCUGUCCUCACAAGACAUACUCAAGGCUAUUCGAGAGACGCCCAGAACAAGCAUCGGCGUUGUCGUGUUGAGGCAGAGGGCUGACAUAGAGCUUCAACUGGAGAUUGUGUCCUCCGAUCAUUUGGUUGAAAGGUUUCUCGAUGAAAUUGAACUGAAACAGCGUGUUGAAGGUUUCUUGACUGCUGGAAAAUCAAGUACGAAGCAAGUUUCGAGCGUUGUUACCGCAAAUUUGGAAGCUGAGGUGCACCAGUUCCAGGUUCUCCGGACGACAAUAAAAAGUAUAGAUAAAGGUGAAGAGACUGACGUUCUCCAGUUCUCUGUUACACCGCCUCAAUGGGGUGAGCAACGCAUUUCAAAUGAGUUCAGUUUUCGCCUUCUACAUCAAUUAACCGGUGCGUGGUCACGUGCUGGUCGAUUGUCUGUUCAGACGUUUUCAUUUUCGAACGCAUUCGAAAUGAAAUUUGAGUUCGUUGACAUUUUGCUUUACAUCGCGCAAAGUUCUGGCGGCAUGACUGAUGCAUUUCAAUUCACCGUUUGGCCCAUAAUUGAAGCUUUGAGCAAAAAUUCUGGGCCCAAAAGGCUCUCUGAGGAAAAUUCAAAUGAUUCUGGCUGCAAUGCGAUUGUCGAUGCGCUACUGAAAGGUCUAUCGGUUGCUUCGAUUCGUGGAGAAGGGAUACAACUCACGUGCGUCCCAGGUGGUGCAACGCGAUUGACAGAGUCCCCGAUCAUCAAACUCGAAGUGAUGCGUGUCGCGUUUGGUUGCGCUGGGGUGUCGAGUGCAACAGAGCUAGUAAAUCUCCCUGUAAGUGGCACUUUCCAGGAUGUCGAACAGACAGAUAAAAUAGGACAGAACUUCGUUUUCGGAGCAUGGUCGAUGUUUGAAGUUUCAGCUCAUUACCAUAACCGCCGCUUGGUAGCUUGGGAACCAUUUAUUGAGCCUUGGAAAGUCAGUAUUUUCGGGGGAAUGGAUUUAUGUUGCCCGACAACUUUAUUGCCUAGUAAGCACGCUGCUACAGCAUCCGACUACACAACUGAAGACGGCUUUGUCACUAGCGUCUAUAGUCCUGGUGGAGGGAGACUUCAAGAAAUUGGAAGACUCCUGCGGUCACCGUUUCGUGGGGGGAUCUCAGCUUCUGGACAAGGAGUUACUAAUUCGUCUGAGAUGCUACAAAGUGAUAUCGACUUUUGUUAUCUGCUCUUGCUUCACUCCUCCGAAAGUUCUGUUCAGGGCGCAUAUUUGCCAACAAACGAGCUCCACUGCACCGAUGCGAGAAAAUGCUUGCCGUCAGAUCAACCUCGGAAAUGGGUAAGUCACUUUGGCUAUCCUCAAGACAAGAUAUCGCAAGCGAAAAAGAUAAAGAAGCACGCGUCUAUAACCUUGCUGGGCUCCGACAUCACUCCGCUGAACAUCAAUAUAACUGGUGCCCUGAUUGAAAACGUAUGGGACUACAUACGAAAGGACCAAGUAGAUGCAUCCAGGGGAGUGGCACCCCAUUGGGUACGGAAUGAGUCAGGCCUGACCAUCCGUUUCCAUGAGGUUCUUGACCCUGAGCGCGUGUUCCGUGGAGAGAAAGCACCAAAAUGUAUUUUACCUGACGGCUCGGAAGCACCGUUGUCGCUCAAGAGAACUCGGUCACAAUCCUGCGAUCCUCAUAGAGCUUUUAUUUUUCUUGAGCUUGGAUGCGAUGAAGAUGUCUGCGGGAGAGAACAUCAGAACACAUCCCAUACCAGUGGUGUUUCCAAAACUUCGAGUUUCUAUUUCAAAUCUACAACAAAGAUUCCAGUAGACACUGUCGGCCUCAACAAAUACCAUCUCGACCGCAGAAUCGAAUCGCGGGAAGCCGAUGGAAGGCUGGAUCGGUCGAGGCCUCUUGGAUGCGUUAUUGUGCGCGUUGCUCUCCAGGGUGGAGUGAAAGUAGUGUCUGUUGAAUCUCCCCUUGUUGUAAAAAAUUUGUCGAUAACUGAUAUCAUCUGUGAGGCCCGAGAUCGUGACAGUUCGACGCUGCUGUGGCGGUCUCUAGUGCCAGGCUUACAAAGCAAAAUAUUUGGUUCUGCUGCGGGAAGGACAGUACCUGUCCCUGUUGACCUUGUCCCGUAUGUUCAUGAGAGCUCCUGCUGUUUCUCAGUUCUUUCCGUGAGCGGCUGUCUCGAGAGUGACUUAAGCACGGUUCCUAGCAGCCGACCAUACGAAGGCCUAAUGCGACUGCCAAAGCCGUAUACACGUUCUUCACUUGAGAAGGGGGUCGUCGACGAGAUCCAUCUCCGCGUGGCAUCCUUGAUGCUUCCAAGCAAAGUGUUCAAUGAUGUCCCUCAGUACUUAAAUGGGUGCUCUCUUAGAAUCGGAUCGAUUUCACUUUCAGCGACGGCGUACCAGCGAAGAAAAACUGUGAUGGACGUUCCAGAGCAAAGAAUGGUCUUAAUAAGACCAGAAGUUGUGUUCCGGAACCAUCUGCCCGUGCCAAUUUGUGUCCAGGCCCGACCGAGACCUCAAUCGCUAGAGGAAGGACCGCCACCAUCAAAUUUAUGGGUAGACCUUGGUAUUUUGAAAUGUGGCGAAUUCGCUGGUUGGACUGGCGUUGGUCCUUACGACUUCUUUGAUAUCCGGAUUCUGAUCAUCGAAAAAGACGGAGGACCGAGCAAGCAGUUUCCGCAAUGGAGCCAUUCUGUACUUGUUUUUUCAGCCGUGCCAGAACAGUCCUCGGGGACUAAUCGAGUAGGAAAACAGAUCAAAGCAAUGUACAAGCUGAGACUCGAGGACUCAGUGGGAACUCCACUCACUUUGUCGGUACAUUCAAGCCAAGGCGAUAACAAGUUAGUGCCUUUAAACGAAUCAAAUGUUCGCCCUUUAUCGGAGCGAUUGCAGCCAGGUAAUCGAGUCCUGAGUAUCUUCGCACCAUAUUGGAUUGUGGACAGUUCUGGUCUCGAUCUUGAGUUUAAGCUGACAAAGCCUAUUGCAGGACAAAUUGGUCCUUCCGGGUCUCUAUCGUGCAUGGAGAACGACUCCUUUUCCACACAUGGACUUGGGGAGCUUCUAGAUGACAGCGACCUCAUGUAUCUGCCGUCAAGAGGUUUGUUCGAAAUUUUGAUGGCUGGCGAAGAAGAGUCACGCCAGAUGAAUGUUCGCCGACGUGCAUCUCGAGCCACUGGAUUCAACCCAAACACAGCUCCAUGGUCGGACACAAUUUCCUUGUCCCGAAGAUUCGGCUCGUAUCACGACACAUACGUCCAACCAGCAAGGCGAAGCUCGGUCCAUGAUCACUCAAAUACGGAUCACGAUUCUUUCGAACCCUUCGCCCUUCGUUCUCGUCUUGUUCGAGCCCCUGAAUCCCUCGGAGGUCUCUUGGGAACAAAGAUUAUGCACUUUUUUUGUCGGUACUCAAUAUUGAACGAGCUCGGACGCGACAUCGAGAUCAAAACCUGUGGUCUAAGUCGAGGUGCUCCAUGUGUCGUGAAAUCCGACUGUUGGCAAAAGCCGUUCCAUAUCGAAGACUCACGUUUCGUGUCAUUUCGACCAAAAGAAUAUGGGUGGGAAUGGUCAGGACGUUUUCACGUCACAUCCAAAAGAAGAGUGGAGAUGACUUUCCAUUUAAGACAUACCAUUAGAGACGAGUCUAUUGGCGUAACAGUUGAGUGUGUCUCCCGCGAAGCAUCUGGCACAUGUACAGUCAUCUUUCGACCUGCACUCCACCUGCCCUGUCGUAUCGAAAACAAGAGCAUGUUUCCCAUAAAAAUUUUCCAAAAUCCUUCGAUAAUGUGCGUAUGUGGCUUUGGCAGAGAAGGUUCCAAAGACACCGUGAUUUUGCCAUUUCAUAGCUUAGAGUUUGCUUGGGACGAGCCUGAGUCACGUCGCAAAUCUGUUCUCGUGAAGGCUGUCAAUUUCAGCGCCAAUCGCGGGGACGGCAAUGCAAGAAACCUGGGAAUCUUUGCUCUUGAUAGCUUAACACCGGGCACUGUGCGAAAGCUUGAACAUAACCUAUCAGCCCAAGUUCUUGCCGAUGGUCCAACCAAAGUCCUUCGAAUCGUCGAAACCUCUGAUGACGGGGGGCCCAUACAUGGAGAGUGUGAAGACGAUCAACUUCCAAGUUAUCAAAGGCCCUCUGCCAGUUUCCCCUAUUCAAUUACCGUGAAGCUGGCACACGGAAUUGGUCUAAGCGUUGUCGACUGGUCACCACAGGAGCUAAUCUAUCUCAAAUUGGAAGAUAUCCUUUUUGAGCAAGCUCGCAACAGCUUGGCGGAAAACACUGACGUGAGUGUUGGAAGUGUAGUUGUAGACAACUGUUUGUGGGUAUCCCCCUAUCCAGUUGCUGUUCGACUUGGGUCACGUUCCCGUAAGCGACGGCAUAGAAGGCAUAACGGGAUUGCGAUAUCUUGGAGCCGUCCCUUGGUUCAGCGUGCGGCGUUUGGCGAUCUGACCAUGAUUGAACGCAUUGAAAUAUCUACUGAACCGUCAAUAAUAAGUGUGGACGGCAAGUUGGCCGAGUUUGCGAUUGCGAUGACAAGACAAGUUAAGAAAAUGGGGUAUAGUCUAAACGACCUCGAUCGAAUCGUUGUAUCGCGUAACAGUGAGCUGCGAAAGCUUCUCACGAUUGCUCUGCCCGUGGACGGAAACGCUUCAGCGAUAGCCACGGACAAAUCGCACGAAUCACGAUUAUCAGACGACUUGUAUGCAGCCGUCGACUGCAUGGCAACACCAGCAAUUGCUUCUAAACUUCGAUCACGAUUUCGCCCUUUGACGGCGAAAGGAGUUAUUUCGAAGCGCAUGGAAUCAGCCUUAAGUCCCGCCCCACCACAGCACAAAUACUAUAUCGAAAAAUUACGAAUAUCAGCUACGGCUGCGGAAGUGAGCUGGUCAGGUUCAUUACCAGUCGCGUUUUCGUUGCCCCGCUGGAUGCGACCAGCGUUGACCUUUGAAGGCUUUCCACUUUUUUUACGACCCUACUCGGUGUCUCAUUCAUACGGAACGGCCGAAGAACACUUACGGGCCUUGAAAUCUCACUACAUUAGUAUUUGGAGGGUAUUUGAUUUGGUUGUUGGCCUGGCAAAACCGACAUUUUUGAUACGGGCGUGGUACUUUACCACUCGGGACAUUCUGGCGACAGCACUAAUGAGUCUAUCAAACGGAGUCUACAAUGUUGGUGCAAAGCUGUUCCCGUUGUCGUCUGCAGAGCACAAUGUAACGGAUGCGACUACACAAGAAAGUUGGCUUAGGCAUCCUUAUUGGGGCUUGCACUCAUGGCGGCAUCCCAUUGUACAACGAAUGUUCUAUGUUUGCGCUGGAGGAAUGGCAACAUCCGCCGCGUGGUUGCGAUAUAACGCUGCUAGACAUGUAGGUGGCUUGGUCAGGGCACGUAAUCCGCGACUGUUCGCCUCCACCGGGGACGGCAACGACUUGUUGGUAGAAUACGUGGAAAAAGGUGAAAACGCCGGCAAGGCCUUACUAUCGCGAGUCCGAAUGGGGUCGCACCUGGGUGAAGGCUACGUCUAUCACGUGGAAGAUGCUCACCGACAGGGAUUGAGCAAAAACACAGAGAUGGGACACGCAACAAUGAUUUUAAUGUUGACGUUCGAUCGCAUCGUACUGUUGAACGGUGAAUUAGACAGCAAUUUUUGUCAAGUGGUUUGGGAAGUGCUCUUUUCCGAUUUGGUGCAUUUACAGUUAGUCAUGGUAGCUAUCCCUGCAAACGGCAAUGAUAUAGAUUCUACGAGCUCAAGAUAUCAAGCCAUUCGUCUUUGGUACCUUGCAAACAAGCCACGUCAAUCACCAAAGCUCGACGAACAGCUGCAAGCUUUGGCUGGCUUGGAUGCAAUGGAAUGUCACUUGGUGUUUGUGCCCCGUCGAGAUGUAGCUAGUACGCUUGAAUGUCCAAGGUAG